AGUCCCAGCACGAUGACAGCAUCCAGCGUAUAACCACCUCCACCACCAUCAUCAUCACAGCACGGCCCGGGCGGACGCGGCGGAUCCAUCAGAAACAAACAUCCUCUGGAUCUUUCCACCUCACAGAUCUUUUGGGGGAUUAACCCCCCUCCCCCUCCUUGCCUAACACCGGGUCUGUGUGUCUGUCCGUCUGUCUCCUCCUCAGACCACGAGACGUUGCAAGGGCGAGAGGAUGGGCGAGCGAGGCGGAUUGAUCAGAUUUGUGCAUGGUGAUGACCUCGGGGACUUCUGGAGCUGACAGAGGAGGACCGCGUUUACGACUUGCCAUCGACUGAGUAAAGGAGCGGACUCAUCGUCAGCUGUUCAGGGUUUCUGCUGCAUCAGGUUUGAGAUGUGGCCGCUCAGAAUCAGGACUGGGCCCUGAUGACUGGAAGGACCCCUCUCCACCACUUUUCAGCCAGUCCUGGAGAAGUUGCAGAGCUGAUGUCUCAGAGGACACAGGGGCGUGCGUGUUUCAGGGUCCUGAAGAGACAGACUACAUCUCGAUAAAUGGAGGAGAAGGAGCGAAGCAGGAGCAGGUCUCCGGCUAGGAGGGGCAGCCGGGUGCAGCAGGUGGUGGGGACAAUAAUACGACGCACAAGAGAGUCCCUGAGCAGAGAGCGGUUGCUAGGCGAUGGACGGUCACAGCGCUCCAACAGUGUGUCCAGUCAAAGCUUCCAGGCCAAGCUGACGCUGCAGAUCACCAGAGACCCCGUCCUGGACCGCAGCACCGGACACGGCUUUACUCUCACCACCGACGCGCCCCUGCUGGUCAGGGACAUCGCCCCAGGGAGCCCAGCAGAUGGGAUCCUAUACCCAGGAGACCACGUGCUGCAGAUAAAUGAUAAAGUGUUGGAGGAUCUGAGUGCAGAGCAGGUGGAAAAAAUCUUGAGAGACUUGGAGGACUGUAUCAAUGUGACCAUCCUGCGGCACAUGACAAAUCCCAAGUCGUCUAUAAUGUCUGCAGAGAAGAGAGCUCGCCUGAGGAGUAAUCCAGUUAAAGUGCGCUUUGCAGAGGAGGUGGUGGUCAAUGGGCAUACUCAGGGAAACUCUCUUCUCUUCCUUCCCAACGUUCUAAAAGUCUAUCUCGAGAACGGGCAGACCAAGGCCUUCAAGUUUGACAGCACCACCACUGUCAAGGACAUUGUUCUGACCCUGAAGGAUAAACUGUCCAUCCGGGUGAUCGAGUACUUUGCCCUGGUGCUGGAGCAGCAGUAUAGCAUCACAAAGCUACUGCUUCUGAAUGAAGAUGAACUCAUACAGAGGGUGGUGCUGAAAAAAGACUCACAUGAUUACAGAUGUCUGUUCAGGGUUUGUUUCAUACCCAAAGACCCCAUGGAUCUUCUGCAGGAUGACCCCUUGGCCUUUGAGUACUUCUUUUUACAGAGUGUCGGAGAUGUGCUGCAGGAGCGUUUCGCUGUGGAGAUGAAGUGUAACACAGCGCUCCGCCUGGCUGCUCUGCACAUGCACGAGAGACUAGAUAGUUGUGGACAGACAAGGACAUCCAUCAAGAGUAUUACGAAGGAGUUUGGCUUGGACAGCUUCAUCUCUCCCACGCUCCUGAGCAAUAUGAGAGAAAAGGACCUGAGAAAAGCAGUCAGCUACCACCUCAAAAAGAUCCAGUCCCUGCUAGAGCCGCGCCAGAAGGUAAUAUCAGCUACUCAGGCUCGCCUGGCCUACCUCACCCAGCUUGGAGAGCUAAUUUCCUACGGAGGACGCUCUUACACAGCUACAAUGAUGCUUCAAGACAGGGAAGUGCUGGUCAACUUGCUAGUUGGAGCCAAGUACGGGAUGAGUCAGGUCAUCAACCACAAGCUCAACGUGAUCUCCACGCUGGUCGAGUUCAGCAGCAUCAGCCGAGUGGAGUUGCUGUCGGAGUCCGACAAAGUUAGCCUGCUGCGCAUUUCACUGCAUGACAUGAAGCCAUUUGCCUUACUGAUGGACUCUCUGGCAGCCAAAGACUUAGGGUGUCUGCUGGGAGGCUACAGCAAACUCCUGGUGGAUCCAAAUGUUAAUGUCUUCCGUCUGGGGCGCCCAAAAGUGAGGGUACAUCGAAUUCCUGCAGAAGAAGGUGUGUGUGGGAAGUUCGCCGUUAUAGAGGGCGUGUGCUAUGAAUCCCUAUCAAGUUACGUUUCCCGUUGCUGCAGUGACUCAGAAGAGUCAACGGAUGAAGAUGACCCGAUGGAUUCUCAGCACUUCAAAAGCCCAGACCCGGCAAGUCAGGACUGGGAAGAGAGGAGAAGAGAGGAGGAAGAAAAGAGGAAAGAGGAGGAGAGGAGAGAGAGAGAGGAGUACAAAGGCAAACAGGAAGUUAAAAUAAUAGUGACAACAGAUGGCAAGGAAAACGAGAGUGAAGAGGAAGGAGCAACAGGAAGUGGUUUGCGUAAAUUCAAAGUUAUGGAUGAAGAAAUGAACUCAGAAACCAGCUGGUGCCACACUGACCCACGUGUCACCAGCAGCUUCUCCAGUUUGUCCAGUGGUUCUUUGAGCGCUGCCCUGGAAGAAAGCAGUGCUACAUCCAAAACCUCUUCCCGCUUAGAGUCUCUGGAGCUAAAAUGGCCAGGGCCCAUGCGACCCACCAACCUAAACUACCGUGGCAAUGAUAACUCUUGCCUCUGCUUUGCAGAUCUCUCUAAGACCGAUUUCCUGUCUAGCCCUUCUGGGGCCACAACUGAUGAUGAUGAUGAGGAUGAGGAGGAGGAUGAUCUCGGAGUCCAAGAACUGAGACGUAUCUCCAAAAUACCUAGUUCGAGAGAUCUGAGAAUGAUUGACAGCACACCUUUUGAUAGACUGCCCACUAAAAGAAAGAAAAAGACUCCCCCCAAAGUUCCAGUCAGAACAAGUUCCAUUCCUGGAAAUAAAGCAGGACAAGCUGAGCAACGUCUGUCCAAGGAUGAAGACAGUUUGUUUCUUACUCCCUCACCCAACCCCAAACCAGCUCUUUUGGUGAAGGACAACGACUCUGAUUCAGAAGAUGAGUUUUUUGAUGCACGGGAGGGAUUCACUCCUCCAGUUCCUGAUCUGUCAGAUGCGGAGCUUGCUGACCGGCGUAAUGCUAAUCGCUUGAGUGGAACCUGGAAUGGAAUACCAGCAAUCCCAGGAAAGGAACCAUCAUCUCCUCUUUCCCACAAAUCCCAAUCCAAUAAAAUCAAAAAGGAAUCAGAGACUCUAAAAGAGCCAGCAAAUGAGCAUGUUGGUCGACAACCCAGUUUUUCUAAGAAACCCGAUGUUAAGGUCAAACCACCGCUGGCGCCGAAGCCCCAGCUGCCUCCUAAACCUCAGAUAGUUCCUCCCAAGUCACCCCAACAUAGCAGAUCAUAUGCCCAGUGCAAUGGAGAUGCUUCUGGACAUUUGUCUUCUGAACUCUUGGAAAUGGAACCAGACACUAUGGAAUUCAAGUCAGUCACGUUGGGCGGAUUGUCUUUGUCAUCAUCCUUGAUCACGGCGGUGAGGAGUAACAAGCAGCCUCAACAAACCUCUACAAAACAAGCCGAAGAAAAGAGCCCGAAGCUAAAUAAAAAUCUUGUGCAAGAAAACGGAUCUCACGUUGUUUCCAAAGACAAAGUACUGACAUCUGAUGAAAGGGAAAAGCUAAAAAUUGACGAGAAAGCCAACGGAACAAACAUGAGUGCAAAAAAUCCAUCAAACCCAUCAUCAAUCCCUCGAUCUAAUUCAGGCUCGAAGCUAGCUGUUCCCCCUCCAGUUGCCCCUAAACCUGUUCCUCCUAUCAGUCUCCACCCUUUAUCACUGCCUGCCAGUUCUCCCGUGUCCCCCACUGAUCCAAACAAAGGAAUCUUUAAAGAUGCUGUCGGUCCACCAAAUGGUAUCCAUCCUUGGAGCAGCCGCAAUGGCAGCAUCCAGUCAGGACCCAGGAGGGUCUCUCUGAGCCAUGAGAGCCUAUCACCCAAAAAUACAGAAGCACCACUCACUAUUACCACCUCACCCACCUCAGUCAAUUCGAAAGGCCUUGUGGGCCUAGAAUGUAAGGAACCUGGACGUUCUGGAUCAGGAUCCGACCUAAGAACUAGCUCUUCCAGCCUGGGAGGCAGACUACCAGCCUCUGCGUUGAGAGGAAAAAUCCAGUCUUUGCCUUGGUACAUGACCCGUUCACAGGAGAUCCUAGGAACUCCAGACUAUCCCUCCACAGGCUCCAUCAAUGGAGACACAUCUGGCUUUGGCUCUGGUUUGUCUGUUGCGAGUGGUUUAUCAGACUUGAACAAAACCCCUGUCAAGGACACGGAAACAGUGGCCUUCAAAUCGGGAAGUAAAGGAAAUAUUUUAGAUGAUGGGGCUGAGGUCGUUAUAGCAACCAUCAAAGAAGCUCAGGAGGUGAGUUCGCACAUGAAAAAAGCCAAUGGAACAAAUGGCUCACACCCUAAUCUGAGUUUUAGAGAAAAUGGUGCACUCAGUGGCAGCGUUUCAUCAGAGCAGCCUCAGUCACGGCCUCAUUCAGCAGUUGGGCUGGCGGGUGUUGCUAACAUGCAGAUUGGAGGUGACUCCCCAACCUCUUCAGUGGCAGACACUACUCCUCCUCAGCAGCAUCGGGAGUCUUGUGGAUGUCGAACCGUUUAUGCCAACUGUUUCAGUGGAGAUGCUGAGGAUGGAGUUAGCUUUGAUGAAGAGCUCACCGUCUAUGAGUUCUCUCGCCGCGUACGGCCCAAACCUGCUCGAACUGCACCCGCCCCGUCUCCAACAGCACCCACUCCAAAACCCAAUAUUCUCUCACUGUUGAGGGACAACCCUCGUCCACUGUCCACUUUCUCCACUGCUUCUUCUGAACUGAGUCCACUAGUUUCUUGUCCGGUUUCACCCACUGCUUCGUUUGGUGGUCCUCUUCGUUCCCUCACCAACAAGAACUACGGAGGGCUAAAGGGAGGAUUUGCUUCUCUACGGGAAGAUAUAGAUGAGCUUCUUCUAGUAUUAGAGAGGGGAACAACUGACCAACCGCAAGAUUCAAAAUUGGACAGCACAGUUUUAAAAGUAGGGCCUGACCUAAAUCACAACGCAACUGAAGACAAUAAUGUCCCUAUGGGGAGCCAGAUUUGCACUGGGACAAACCCUGCUACCAUGACAGAGCCUGAGAGGAGUCUUCUCCAGGCAGAGGCUCGACGAUUAGCAUCUGGGUGUCAACGCGCCACACGUGUUGGCUGGGCUCCCGAUGAAGCACUGCGUUCUUUAUCCAACAGUUUCAGUGCACUGGUUCAGCUGUCAGCAGCCUGCCUGCGAACAAAUCCCUGUCCUGGUUGUGACAUCUGUCAAAAAGCAGGACAGGUUCACAGAGACGAGGACGAGGACGGGCAACAGCCCAUGGAGAAGUUAAAAGAGAUUGUUGGUCUGUACCGGGAAUUUGUUGUGGCUGUUGAGACAGCUGGAACUGGUGGUAAAAGUGGGUCUGGACAGGGUCAGGGGGAAGGAGAUGGAGUUAGGCUACUAGCCAAACGCUGCACUGUGCUCAUCUCAUCAGUAUUCGCACUCACACAGCUCUUCCGGACACACACACUGGAAACUAGAGACACAUCUGGGCACGUACCUCUCAAUUUUUGACCUGUGAACAUUUAUUUCCAACUGACUGUAAAAAGGUGAGACAUGAAGGAACAACAUGGAUCUGAUCUGUAACUCAUAUUUUUGUACAAGUGCCACAAUACACACACUUAAAAGCCACAAUAUAUACACACAUAAUUCUGAAAGAGAGAACAUGUGUAUUAUCUGCACCACUCUGUGGGACACAUGUGGACUAUGCAUUUGUACAAAUGAAUUUUAUAAUUAUCUUAUAAUUCUUUUAUUUUAUUAUACAAUAUGUAGAUGGAUGGAUCAUCCACGUAUGUAUUUAUGUAUUUAUUUUUACAAUGUUUGCACUGAGAUCUACGUCUUGGAGGUCUGGUAAGUGAAACAUAAAAGUAAAAAUCUAUGGACGUCACUGGAAUAUUAUAUGUUGUCUUUUGUUGCAUUGAAGUUUUUGCCAAGGUGUAAUCUGUAAAUUGUCCUUUUCAAGUUUAUUACUGCGACACAUUUUCAGACAAAACAGAAAGCACACUUCAUCACACUUUUGGAAUGAUCAACAGUUUAGUUCAUUUCUGUAUAAUUUGCACCUUUUUAAGGAUUCAGUUUUUUACCAUAAAAGUCACAAAUCAAUGGGAUUACAACACACACCAUUACACAGCAGGGAGAGCACUUUUGACUGUUACAGAUUGCACCUAUUUGUGAGAUAUAUGAUUUUAUGUAAAUGUGUUUUUCUAUUUCUCUUCUUUGCCCAUGUUGUUUGUAUGUAAAUGUAUCUUGAAAAUUCUCCCAUUACCCAAAUGUAUGCAGUAUUAUCACUUUAUUCCAGUUUUUGUCCAAAUAUUUAUGUUUUCUGGAAAGUGUGGGGAUGAGGACCCAGACGGCGAGACAGUGGACCUUAUUUAUGUUGUUGAAAAUGUCUGACUUGGCACAAGGGUGACUGUUAAACUCUGUCCAGAUGUAGCAAAGAUCCAAAGUCUUAAGAAAACACUGAGCCACAACUUUUCCCUCCUAUUGUUUACUCUUUUAGGAUACCACUUAAUCCAUAACACACUGACAGAUGAACCAGCGGCUUCAUACUGAGGUCAGAACUGUUGAUUUACAUCUGUCUUACUUUAGUUUAUGGCUAUGCAAACAUAAACUCCUCAACCCCUUCACAUUGUCUUUUAUUUGAGUUUAUUCCAACAUUAAAAGCCGCAACAACUGCA